GAAAAAGUUAAAAGAAAGAAAGAAAAAAGAUUUUCUCUUACAAAAUCAUUCUAAAUUCUUGAAUUUACUUUGUUUUCCGAUCUGCAUAAACGAUGAUGAGUCGCGGUGGAGCCAAGGCGGCCUCGUCGCUGUUAAAGGCUGCAAGGCCACGGUUAUUCUCAACCGCCACUACGAGCACGAUCCGUUCCAUGUCUCACGAGACGAGCCAUCUUAUGAGACCCGCGGCUGCGGAUUUAGCUUCUCCCCCUGGCAUGAGCGGUUGGAUCUGGACUACUCGAGCUCCGACUAUCGGAGGCGUGAGGUUCGCCAGCACGGUUACUCUGGGGGAGAAAACUCCAACUCAGGAUGCGAAUCCGAAGAAGACGGAGGAGGAAGCAUCCGCCGGUGGAGGUGAUAAGGGAGGGAAAGUGAUCGCUAGCUAUUGGGGUGUUGAACCGAGUAAGAUCACUAAAGAGGAUGGUACUGAAUGGAAGUGGAAUUGCUUCAGGCCAUGGGAGACGUACAAGGCUGAUUUGACGAUAGAUCUGUCGAAGCAUCAUGUUCCAACGACGUUUCUUGAUAAAUUAGCUUAUUGGACUGUCAAAUCUCUUCGUUUGCCUACCGAUCUCUUCUUCCAGAGGCGAUAUGGAUGCCGAGCUAUGAUGCUGGAAACUGUUGCAGCAGUGCCUGGAAUGGUCGGAGGAAUGUUACUCCACUGCAAAUCCCUCAGACGCUUUGAGCAAAGCGGAGGUUGGAUCAAAGCUCUUCUCGAGGAAGCAGAGAACGAGAGGAUGCAUCUCAUGACUUUCAUGGAAGUCGCUAAACCCAAGUGGUACGAGAGAGCUCUUGUCAUCACUGUCCAAGGAGUUUUCUUCAAUGCCUAUUUCCUUGGUUACGUGAUCUCUCCCAAGUUCGCUCACCGUAUGGUUGGGUACCUUGAAGAAGAAGCUAUCCACUCGUACACUGAGUUCCUCAAGGAACUUGACAAAGGUAACAUCGAGAAUGUCCCUGCUCCGGCUAUUGCUAUUGAUUACUGGAGGCUCCCUGCUGAUGCAACACUUCGUGAUGUCGUGAUGGUGGUCCGUGCUGAUGAGGCUCAUCACCGUGACGUUAACCAUUUUGCAUCUGAUAUUCACUACCAAGGCCGUGAACUGAAGGAAGCUCCAGCUCCAAUUGGAUAUCAUUGAAUUUAAUUACCAUCUCGUUUUGAGUGUGAAGGGCUUCGUUUACUGCAAGUUUUAAAAACUUUGUUCUAAAUAAUUUGAAAAACUCUGCCUCUUCUUGUGUUACUUGUACAUAGAUCACGGAUUACCUCUACUAGAGCCAUACUUUGGAAUCGGCUUUCCUUGAAUGUUAUAUUUUUGCUUUGUUCUAAAUAAUUUGGAAAACUCUGCCUCUUCUUGUGUCUCUUGUACAUAGAUCACGGAUUACCUAUACUAGAGCCAUACUUGGCUUUCCUUGAAUUUUAUAUUUUUGC